AUGACACCUGUCAAGCAUUUGCAAUUGACUCUAGCCAUCAUGAAACCUCAUGUGGUGUCCAGUCCAUUUUCUUUGCACGAUAUUAGGCGAACAAUACUGGACAAUGGUUUUUACGUUGUGCGGUCAAAGCGCCAAACCAUUAAACUGGAACAGGCAGAGCAAUUUUACAGAGAACAUAAGACAAAGUUUUUUUAUAACAGACUCAUCACAUUCAUGACAAGUGGACCAUCAGAAGCAUAUAUAUUGGCUAGAGAAGAUGCGAUUUCAGUUUGGCGCCGUUUAAUGGGUCCGACUAAAGUUUUCCAAUGCCAGCUAAGUAAUCCCGAUUCUAUAAGAGCUAAACAUGGACUCACAGAUACUAGAAAUGCCACACAUGGAUCUGACUCUGAUGAAUCAGUUCGCAAAGAAGUCAGCAUAAUGGUGCCACAAUUUUGUUUUGAUCACUGGAAACAAACCGAAGAACCUAUGUUUAGGAAUGGAAGAGUACAGUUUAAUGAUAAACAAUUUCUUCAUUCUGCACAUGAAAGUUAG